AUGACCCACCUAGGUUUGUUGGCAUGUUACGCAGGCCUUCUCGCCAGCGCCGCCGCACCACACUUCUCGUUGGCGCUUUCCCUUCGUUCUGGCACAGCAGCGUCUCAGCAAAGCAGCCUCAGCGCAAAUCUAUUUGCAUCUGGCCAAGUUUCGCUGCGGGCGGCGCCCACAGGCAAUGAGAUAACUGCAGACUGCCUGGACACCAUAAACAAGCUAAGGAACGAAAAUAUCAAAGACUUGUUGGGGACCCUCACCAAGGCAGAGGACAGCGAUGUAACUGCAAGUCUGAAGACGAUCCCAGUAGCGGAUGCCGCAAGCCUUACUACCGCGACAAUUGCAGCAAAGCUUGCAGGUGACAGUGUAGACACAUGUGCCUCGGGGGGAAACGCGGAUGCGAAGACGUACCCCGGACUCGUAAUCCCAUUCACCCAUGACAAGGACUUCGACUGCGACGCUUUGAUCCAGGCGACCUACACAGCCGGACUCAACCAACUCAAACAGUCGAACUUCGAACCCUCAAAAGGAACAUAUGAUGCUACGAAAGCUCCAUUUGAUAAUGUAGACGCCAGCAAUGUGGCAUUUCUACUUUCGGCGAAAAGCAAAAAGGUCUCAUGUGCCGCCACCAAGAACUGCAAUGCUGGCCACGACGUUUUAUUCUGCUACUUCAUAGAACCACUUCGAAAUGGAGAUCAGCCUUUCACAACUGAGCUUUACAAUGCCCUCUGGGGAUUGGAAGCAGGCGCAGCCUCCACCGCGGUUCCCAGCGUCGCCACCGUUCUUUUGACCCUCGCCCUGAUCAUUCAGCCUUAA